AGAAGAAAAUGCACGACGAUGGCUCCCGACGGCAGAGACGAUGAGAUUUCGUGCGCUUGUAAAGGUAUCCGUCGGUGUCUCGUGUGCGAAAAAUUGAAGGGGAAAGUACAGCUGGAGGCGAGUGAAUCAAAGACUUUACAUCAUUUCCUCUAUGAUCCUGAGACGAGGCUCGCUGCUGGAAAAGAUGCCGAGGCUGCAUCCUUCCCUUUUCCUGGUGUCUUCCUGUGGGAGAACUUCAUAGCAGAAGACGAGGAGAAGGAGCUGAUAAGUACGAUGGACCAGGAUGUCUGGAAACAGUCCCAGUCCGGUCGAAGGAAACAGGACUUUGGCCCUAAGGUGAACUUCAAGAAAAGGAAAGUGCGUGUGGGUGGCUUUAGUGGACUCCCUGCUUUAAGCCAAAAACUUGUGCUCCGGAUGCAUCAGGAACCAACCCUAGCAGGCUUCCAGCCAGUGGAGCAGUGCAACCUGGAUUAUCAACCUGAGCGAGGCGCGGCCAUAGAUCCACACCUCGAUGAUUCUUGGCUGUGGGGGGAGCGGCUGGUCACCAUCAACAUGUUGUCCGACACUACACUCACCAUGUCUCUGGAACAGGGUCUGCCAGAGCUGGGACUAACGGGGGAGGUCCACGUAGCUGUGCCUCUUCCUCGCCGAUGUUUAGUAGUUUUAUACGGUGAGGCCCGGCAUAGAUGGAAACACGCCAUUCACAGGGAGGACAUUCAUGAACGUAGAGUUUGCAGCACCUACAGAGAGCUAUCUGCAGAGUUCCUGCCCAGAGGGCAGCAUGCAGACCUGGGAGCCCAGCUGUUGAAUAUCGCUUUGAACUUCCAGGGCUCUCCGGUUUAAUCUAAAAUCAAAGUCACUUGGACUUGUCUUAAACUGUGAAGAUGCAUCCUUCAGACAUCCUGGGGCUUGUUUGCUGGAUUUGUGCCAGCUGCCCAAAUAGUGAGCAGCGCUCAUGAGGCUUGUGUGCAUUAAUUAGUUGAACUUAUGCUGAGCCAAAGCCAAACUGAAACCAAACUGCUUUGGAAAAAAAAAGUUGGGGGAACAGUGUGUUAAAAUAUCUGUAAUAUCAUUAUCUUGUUCCACCACAAACUUCUGUGCCUCUUUGUUUUAUGUCUAAUAGAGAUAUUAAAGCUCUUUUUUUAAAGCAUACUCCCUCAUUUGGUGUUUGGGUGAUGGUGGUGGAGAGCAUAGCCUUACACAUGACUGUUAUGGCCAUAGUU